AUGACGCUACAAAUGAUGUCUAUUUUUCUAUUUGUCAUAGGAAAUUGUUGCAUAUUUUAUACAUCGCUACUAAGAAAUAGAGUUACAAUUAUACAAGUCUUAGAUAGCUUGAUAAAUUAUUUCUGGACUAUCCUAUGUAACAUAAAAUUUCUCAUAAUAAAUUAUGUUUGUCAGAUUGUCUAUGAGAAGGAGAAUGAAGCAAUCAUAAUUCUUUACAAAUUAUCUAACGACAGUUUCGACAAAGACUUACGCGAGCAAGCUCUACAAUUUAUAUUACAAAUAAAACAGAGAAAAGUUCAGUUUUCUGGUAUGGGGCUUUUUUACUUUGGUAACAAUUUUAUUCGUCGGUUCUACAAAUCAGUCUUGACUGUCUUUGUGAUUAUAAUACAGAUGCAUAUAACUUUUACGUAUGAUGAUGUAAUCCCUACUAAUUCAUCUACUAACAGUAAAUAAACGUAAUAAUAAAGUACGUA